CUUCAAAGGCACAAAAGCCAGGAUGAUGAACAAGGAUUAAGCUAGACGCAUCUGAGAUGCCAUAGACAAAUAUUCCUGCUUCAAAAGCAUUAAAAAGCAGUUCUUUAGGGGCGUUUCACGGGCUAUAUGUCGUCUUUAUAAAUUAAGGGAAUGUUUGGUUUUCGCAAGAGUAGACUUUGCGCGAUACAAAUGCGACAGAACAAUUGCAUUUAACAUUGGAGCAGCAAGUGCUUUUGCUUGGACACACGAGAUGGCCAGAGUGCCAUGCAUUCAGCACCUGUCAGGAUGGUUUGUUCUCUUCAGCUUAAUGACACGCCAGAGUCACUCCAUUGAGACAGUGAAUGUUGUGGACUUCUGUGGACAGACAAUACAGGGGGACGGCAUGGUCGUAAAGUCCCACCAGGAGUCCCGGAAGUACUACUUUGUCUCCUUGGGAACGGAUUGCCACCUCACCAUGCAGUCCGCCACCCCCCGGGACAAGGUGCAGUUCUAUUUCCGCUUCUUUCUGGUCUACAGCCUGCUAAGAGUGUCCCCGCACAGCCCUGCACCCCCCCUCCAAGAAUCACCCAGGGGGUCCUCAUCAUCUGGCCCAAUGCGGCCUGACCAGAGCCUGGAGCCAACCACUGGAGAGGGGCCUGGAGACCCCUGCCACGCUGGCUCGUACAUCCAGUUCUAUGAUGGGAGGGAUAAGUCUGCACCCCCUAUUGGCCAGCCACUCUGUGGGAAGAGCCCUCCUCGACCAGUGCUGUCAACGGGCAACUUUCUAACUCUGCGUCUUGUGACACGUGGAACUCAGCCAAGGGUGGACUUUGUUGGAGACUUCACUUCAUUCAGGCUGGGUUUUAACCAAUCAGAGUGCCGAGGAGAGCCUUACUUCAACUGUCGCAAUGGGAAGUGUAUCCCCAUGAGUCUGGUUUGUGCGGAUGAUAAAGGCAUUGACAAUUGUGGCGAUGGCAGUGAUUUAAUUAAUUACCCUGGUUGCAAUGGUCCUCUGUCUACACCCAAGCCCUCACAGCAUCAUGUUACCCAGCCAGCACGGAUACUGAACGUUCCCACUCAGACAGUGUCCACUUUAAAGAACUGCGCCACGUCAAACGCCAUUCCUGAUCCAGAUUCUGUGACCGAUUCCCAGUCUUCCAUUUCUCUGCUGGCGCUGUAUGUGGUUCUGGGUGUGACUGCAGUGGGGGUCCUCAUGUGCUGGUGCUGUUGGGCCCCUGGCUGGUUCCUGUGGCGUGUGAGUGUGUUUCGCUUCUUGCCCUGCUGUAACUCCUGCUGCGCGUCCUGCCAGCUGUGUGGACGGAGCUGCUCUCAAAACAAGGAACACCGGCUGGCAAAGGUUACACCAGAAGGAGCCGCAACACCUGUGUCAUCCAUCACCACGGUGGCUGUGUAAAUACCCUCCUCUGAUCUCUCCUAGAUCCCUAAAAGACUCAGAAUGGAGAUGAUGAGGACAGGAUGUUAGGAAGUGGUAUGAGAGUAGAAGUGUUCCUUUUUCAUUUUGUACAAUGAAAAAGAAGCAAGAAUUGCUGGACAGUUGAUUGUU